UCGAGAGGCUCUUGAAUCCGAGGUAUCUCGAUUAUCCAGCGUCUAUUGGAAGCCCUGCAGCGACUCGAAAACUCGAUCUUGACUUGAGCAGCAGAUCUCUGCUCGUUUGGCCCGCGUGCCGUUUGUUGUGGUGCCCCCGUCUCAACUUGUCAACUUGUCCACGUUCAACCUCCAGAGGGUCCUGAACUAUCAUCCUGCCUGUCAGCGACCGCGUCAGUUGCGAGAUGGCGCAGCAGCAGAACAAUCGUAACAGUCCACAUCUCUCUGCACAGCUGAACGGCUCCGCGCCGUCAUCACCUUCAAUGUCCAACGCGCAGCAGCCCGGCGGACAGUCGCGUCAACCAGCGAGCUAUCCCAGCCCGACUUCCUAUCCUUCACCUUCACUCUCGAGUGCCCAAUACAACUACCCUCCCCCCAACAAUCAACAGGUCAGUGAACCAUACCGCGCAAGUCCUACCGGCAGCAACGGCUCUUUGUCUCUCCCCAGUAUGCGAUCUCUGGAUCCGCUCCAGCAGCAGCAGCAGCAGCACAUGGGUUCGCCUCUGCCUCCUCCGGUCGCUCAGAUGGGUGGCCCGUAUUACCACAACCAAGGCCAGACGCUCCCGCAUCCCUCGCACCAGUAUCCCAAUGUCACCUCGGAUCCAACGGGCCAGGGCAUGCGAUAUGCGCUGCCUCUCACCGACUCUCGGGUUAUGAGCGGCGGCAGACACAAGAAGGAAAUCAAGCGUAGAACCAAGACAGGAUGCCUGACCUGCAGAAAGCGAAGAAUUAAGUGUGACGAACAACACCCAGCCUGCCGCAACUGCCAGAAGUCGAAGCGCGAGUGUUUGGGAUACGAUCCGAUCUUCAAGCAAGCUCCUGGUCCUGCGCCCAUCCAACCCGCCCCCAGCGCGGCGCCGUCGAUGACCUCGACCUCUGCCAUCGCCAACCCCUACGGAAACCAGCCUCAGAUGCUCGGAGGCGGCUACGCUGCAGCCCCAAGCAUGACCUACGAACCAGCCCUCUCCGCCGGCGUCAGCUCUCCUGGCUCGGCCGGCCAGCAGUUUGACUAUGCAUCGGCCAUCGAUCCAGCUCUUGAAGCCGCUGCCCCCCCUACGGGUGCGCCAGGAAAUCGUUAUGGAGGUCAACCAGGUAUGCAGGCCCACCGCCCCGGAGUCUUUUCAAGGGACAUCCAAAGCCCAAGCCCAUAUCCCCCAAGCCCAUCCGAUACCCAUACCCCCCAUCUCAGAGGGGGCGCUUUUUCAAUCAUCCCCCCUUCCGUUGAUUUUGCAGGAGAGGUCGCUUACACGAUUGCUUCAGCGAAGAGAACCGUCGAUGAACUGCUCGAUCUCGGAGGAGUCGCUCCAACCCCACCACCCUUCAACCUGAUGCAGUCGGAUACGAUGCUUGACGAGGCAAAGCACCUGUUCUACAGCAUCUAUGCGCCGGGCCUCGAGAGUUUCCUCGAAUCGAAGUGGUAUUCCUCCAAGGGUCUCCCUCAUGUCCUCAAUGACAGGAACAUAUUGAACAAGCUCGGCAACCUACUGGACCAGUUUGCGAUUUCCAACGCCGGGAAUGAUCCAGCCGAGAUGGCAUACACCUCAAGUGUCGAGGCCAGAACUGUCUGGGCCUUUGCCCUUAUGGUUCGAGACGCCGCGGCCGAGAUGCACAGUGUCAACCCCGGUCUUGUUCCUGCCACCGAUGAUCCUGUCGAGGCUGCCCACCGCUUGACUGUUUUCGAAUCCUUGUUGACCGGCAGAGUCGCUGGCACCAACCCUCUCACCCAACCUGUCCCCGGAAGCACUGACCAUCACCGACUUCGAGAGCUGGAGUUCUGGUUUACCAUGGGCAACUUCGUGUGCCUUUCGUACGACGACCCUGGUUCUACCAAGGAUGUCGAUGACACCCUCGCAGCCCUCCGAAACCUACUGGACGGCAGGGAGAACAGAGACGUUCUGUAUUCGGUUGCCGUUGUUCGUGCUCUCAGCCAGCGUGUCUCCGAGUACACCGAGAGUGAUCAACCACUUCACCUCGACGAGAGCGACAACAAGAGCAAGCUCCUUGUUGCCAAGAAGUUCAUCAUGGAUGAGGGUGCUGGAGCUGGCACAACAAAUGUCAUUCGACGACUCUGCGAGCUUGCGGCACGCUCUUGGACUGCACCAGUCACGACUGCUGCUCCCGCGGCCACCACCACCGCCGACACCGCCGCCAACAACACCACCACCACUGCUGCCGAUAAUACUACUACUGAUACUGCUGCUCCCGAUAGCACCUCCACGGCUACGGCUACGGAUACGGCUGCGGCUACGGCUACGGAAACAGCCACGGAAGCAAAGUAGUUUGUUCAUAUGCCGGCAUCCCGUCACGGAUCUCAACGAAUUCUCUUUCUCGGCGCAGCAUUGCAUUUUGCCUCUCGCUUUUUAUUGUGGCAUCAAAAAGGGUCAUCUGGGUCUCGUCUACGUUCCGUUUUAUCUCCCCCUGCUCUCUAUCCGGCACUCCAGGCACGGGUGCUGCAAAAAAGAACCUAAGUCAACACUGAUGCUAUGGUGGAUUUUAUUAUGGGAAAGGGAUUUUAUUCUGCUUCUGAUUUGUC